CAGCUGUGAGUGCAGCGCGAGCGAGCUGCGCGCGCGGCGGGGAUGUGACGUCAGAGAGGUGCGCCUCCGCCGCUUUGACUCAGUCAGUCGAUGAAUAUCGAUGAAAAGCGGAGAAAGUCACGCUCUCGUCGACAGAUUUGGACCGAAUCGCACUCAGCAUGUCAGACUUGACCGACUCUCUGGUGGACGUCUCCAGCGACAGCUUCUGGGAGGUGGGCAACUACAAGCGUGCGGUGAAGCGCGUGGACGAUGGGAACCGGCUGUGUAACGACCUGAUGAACUGCCUGCACGAGCGCGCACGCAUAGAGAAGAGCUACGCCACGCAGCUCACCGAGUGGGCCAAGCGCUGGAGACAGCUGGUGGAGAAAGGGCCUCAGUAUGGGACGGUGGAGCGAGCGUGGUUUGCUCUGAUGACCGAGGCCGAGAAGGUGAGCGACCUGCACAUGGAGGUGAAGGCUGCACUGACGGGAGAGGACUUGGAGAAAGUCAAGAACUGGCAGAAGGAAGCUUAUCACAAACAGAUGAUUGGUGGCUUCAAGGAGACCAAAGAAGCUGAAGAUGGCUUUCGCAAGGCACAGAAACCCUGGGCCAAGAAACUCAAGGAGGUGGAUGCGAUGAAGAAGGCCUACCACAACGCCUGUAAGGAGGAGAAAACCGCCACCAGCCGAGAGAAUUCAAGCAAGCUGGAGAAUAACAACCCAGAGGCCCAGAAGAAGCUGCAGGAGAAAGUGGAGAAGUGCCAGCAGGAAGUUCAGAAGACGAAGGAGCGCUACAAGAAGUCUCUGGAGGAGCUGGAUAAGGUGACCCCUCAGUACAUGGAGAACAUGGAGCAGGUGUUCGAACAGUGGCAGCAGUUUGAGGACAAGAGACUGAGCUUCUUCAAAGAGCUGCUGCUGGGCGUCAAGCAGCACCUCGACCUCUCCUCCAAUCACAAGUACUCGACCGUCUAUCACACACUGGAAGACACCAUCCAGGCAGCCGAUGCACAGGAAGACCUCAAGUGGUUCCGCUCCAACCACGGGCCCGGCAUGCCCAUGAACUGGCCUCAGUUUGAGGAAUGGUCCAUGGACUUGAACCGAACGCUCACCCGACGAGAAACCAAGAGGAAACACACUGAUGGAGUCACUCUGACAGGGAUCAGUCAAAGCACAGAGCAGACCUCUAAAACCAGCAGCAGCAGCGUGGUUGUGGCCAGUAGCUCAGAAGCAGCAUGCUUGAACCCGUUUGAUGAGGAUGAUGAGGAUGCCGAGGAGGAGGAUGAGGAAGAGCCGGCGGCGGCGGCGGUGGUGGUGGUGGAGCGGCCCAAGAGCAGCCCGGUCGCCGUCAAACGAGAGGAAGUGACCGCACAAACCGCUGGUCCUGUAGAGAAGACGACAGCCGACGGCUCCGACGAGGAGGCAGGCAAUCCCUUCGCGUCCGCUAACGCUAACGGCAAUCCGUUCGAGGACGAGCCGGCUCCAGCGGAGGUGUGUGUGCCGGUGCGCGCCUUAUACGACUACGACGGACAGGAGCAGGACGAGCUCAGCUUCAAAGCAGGAGAUCAGCUGAUGAAGAUGAGCGAGGAGGACGAGCAGGGCUGGUGUAAAGGACGCCUGAGCGACGGCACCGUCGGCCUCUACCCCGCCAACUACGUGGAGGACCUGGAGUGACCUCUGAAGCAGCCACACAGUCACACUACAGCUGACUUCAUCUAUUAUAGUCCAUCAGAAACAGAUGUGCGCUCGGGGUCAGCUGUAUUUUAAAGAGAUUUUUACCAAUGCUGUUUGCUUUUAGGAACACAGUCGAUGCGGAUGGACAUGAUUUUAUGGCUCUGACCUGUUGAAAUGAGCCGGCUCCACCUGACCUCUGACCUCUGCGUCCGGCUGUGUUUGAGGGGGUUUUUAGGGUGGGGAUGGGGGUCGGUCAGGUCAGCUGGAUCUGGACGUGCACUGGAUGACAUGCUGUAGAGCGCCUCAUAUAUAUAAAUAUAUUACUGUGUGUGUGUGGCUUCAUAAACCGGUCCAGAGCACAGAUGCUGUGAUCACAAAGAGAAUGUUAAAGCAUAUGAAUGUUGAUGUGUGUAAAUAUGAAUCAGACGCCGAGUCUCGUUUCUCUCAGGUGUCGCGGUGUUAAAUACAGUUGCGGAUGCAGUUCAGUGUGAGUGUGCUGCCGUGUUUUCUCACAGCUGUUCAGCGCUGAAAUGGAUCGAACGAGUUGAAUAUUGCUGUUCACGUCAGGUGGCGCGUUCGGUUUGUGACGUCACAUGACAAAACUCAGUUACACCCUUUAUUGGAGUUUAUUCACUUUUGUAUAUUGUCAAGCUGACAAUAAAUGAAUUGGUUACA